AUGCCUCGGAGUCUGAGAUCCCCGCGCCGCUCUGUUUGCCCACCUUCCUCCUCACCAUGCCCCCCUCGUCUCAUCUGCCAUUGUUCUCCCCCAUUUGUAACAUUGUUGCUCAACAACCUGGACAUGACUGGCAGCAUUCCCACGGAAGUCGGCCGCCUGGCGAGCCUGUCCUCGAUCGCACUCAACGGACUCGCGCUUUCGGGCCCUAUCCCCGCUAGUCUCGGCGGCCUCACCAAUCUGGCGAACCUCAACAUCACGGGCGGGUCCCUGUCCGGGCAGAUCCCCGCGGAGCUCGGGCAGCUCUCGCGCCUGCAGCUGCUCAGCGUGGGCUCCGCCGCGCCCUUCAACCGCCUCUCCGCCAUCAACGGCGGCAUUCCCGAGGCGCUCUGCGACAUCGCGCCGCUGCAGUACCUGAACCUGGGCUUUAACCGCCUGCAGGGCUCUCUUCCGCUCUGCCUCAGCCAGCUCACCAACCUCUUCUAUUUGGCCGCACCAAGCAACACACUCUCUGACGACAUCCCACCUGAAAUCGCCGCCCUGCCGCACCUCUACGAAGUUGAUCUUUCCAGCAACCUCUUCACGGGCCCAUUCCCAGCCUUUUCAACCGAGCUGGACUCCCUCACACUCUCCAAAAACCUUCUCUCCGGCCCGCUCCCCCCCGUGCUCCCUCCUCUCCUCACCUCCCUCGCGAUCAACACCAAUUACUUCACCGGCAACCUUCCCCUCUUCUUCCCACUCAACCUCACCUACAUCGACCUAUCUGAGAACUAUUUCACCGGAAUCGCCAACGUGUUUGUCGGGACCAGUCUCUUCUAUGCCUUUCCUGUGAGAUGCGCCGCGCUCGGCGCCGCUCUCUCCAAAAACUGCUUCUCCGAGUCGUCUAAAUGCACGGCAUCGGAAGCCCAGCGCAACAGCACCAUGUGCAGAGCGGCUUGCGGUACAGGUGUGUGGGAGCCGCUCGUCAAGGGGAAGAGUCAGUGCCAGGGACUCGCCCCUGGGGCUCUCCCCCCUACCUGGACUUGCGCGUGCGAUGCUAAUGCUGUGAAUGUGCCGAAUAGAGAUGAUGCGUGCACGUGCAAGCAGAAGCGAUCGUGGCCGUGCGUUGCCCCCGGGCGGGUCAACGGCGGCUGCCCGAAAAAUGCCCGCUGCUACCCGUACUACUUUUCGUGCCGCGGCGUGGGUUGUUUCUGUCUCAGCGGGUACACACCCACGUAUAAUGCCCGGAAGGAGGUAGUGUUGUGUACACCCAAGGCGGCUGCUACCACCCGAACCGGCACCAGGAGCACCUCUCUGAGCGCACACGCAGCCUCGGUGGCCGAGCGUCUAGGCUCGGUGAGAGGCUCGGGGAUGCUAGGGUUGGUGUCAGGUCCGGCGCGAAUGGGAAUGGAAAUUGCAGGGGCUGUGAGUGAGGGGGUGAAGGCUGUUCAGGAGGAGGUUGAGGAGGCUGGGGCGAGAACGGUGAGGGGACCGGCUCGGAUUGACCUGGAAGUGGAUUAUGAGAGGGCGGAGCAGGCAGAGCUGAUUGCCGAUGAGGAGGAGAAGAGGGGGCAAGAGCAGCAGAAGGAGAAGGCACAGAGAAGAGUCGGCAGCAGCGGCAGCAGCAGCACUGAGCUGCUUCAUUCACUCGCGUCAUUCAUUGGCUCCUAG